AUGAAUAAGUUAGGAUUUCAAUGGGCGAUUAGGUCGCGACGCAGAGGGAGCGCAGACAUCGUUGGUGACCUGGUUCGUAGCCAUUCGCCGUCAGUCCGUUCGACCACACACUCGGCCGUCAUGCGCCUUCCGAUCCUCACCCUCACCUGUUCGCUUGUACUGGUUAGCUCAUGCCCUCAAUCGGUGACGAACAUGUGCAAGUGCGAAGAUCUGCACAAUGGCGUGUCGCUCGACUGCUCGCACUCAAAUGGAGCUGAGGUGGUGCAGCUUUUGCGAGAGAAUCAAGCUCUCCUUGGUCUGGUGCAGGGUCUCACAAUGCACAACGCGAAUCUACGUUCCAUUCCUCCCAGAUUUUUAGCGGGACUAUAUAUUAAAAGGCUGGAUCUCUCUUACAAUCAAAUGGUUGAAAUUCAUGACAACGCAUUCUCUGGAAUGAGUCCGGUUGUGCAGGAACUGAUACUUACUCACAACAAUCUCACAAAGAUACCCGUAACCGCAAUUGCAACACUCGGUACAAUACUACGCGUGGAUCUUUCAAAUAACUCGAUAGCAGACAUCUCAGAUAGCGACGCAAUUCCCUCUCUACCGAAGGUCAGUGCCAUAAUCGCUCCAAGUGCACUCAUCACGGCAAUAAUGAAACACGCUAACUCUCUAAUUACGCACAAAGACAAAAAACUUGCUUCACAAUGCAUGACAGCGUGCACUUACAACGCUACAACGCGAUUUACCACACUUUUUCCAGCUAUCCGCGGUCUCAAACAGCUGCAGGCUCUACAUAUGCAGAAGAACAAUAUAACGGCUUUGGAAGCUCUGAAUUUUCUCAACCUUCCCGUGCUGAAUCUGCUCAAUUUGGCUGGCAACAAAAUCUCAGAUGUCAACAGACAAGCUUUCCUGAACGUCCCACAAUUGAAGUAUCUGUAUUUGACGAACAACAAGAUCUCAAAGCUUACUGCCCAUCAAUUUGCAUCAUUUGAUCAAAUCGAGAUGAUCGAUUUAACAGGAAAUGAAAUCGUCGAUAUACCAACUGAAUGUAUGGCGCAACUACCUCAGCUGAGGCAAUUGUUCCUCGGUGGAAACCAUAUCCAAACUAUUGGCAAAAAUGCAUUUGCCAAUAGUUCUAUCGUGAUACUGAGCCUGGUAAAUAACCAACUGAAGGAAGUCACCGAAGGAAUGUUGGAUGGCAUGCCUAACCUACAAAGCGUCGUCUUCAAGGGUAACAAGAUCAGCUCUGUGCACCAAAACGCGUUUUACAAUGCACCUUCCAUAGUGAUGAUUGACUUGAGCGAUAAUCAACUGUUUGAUUUACCCCCUUCCACAUUUCUCGCUCAACUUAAUCUGCAAAUGAUCGAUCUACGCAACAACAAGAUUAUCAGAACACCCUAUGCAGCAUUUAAUCGCAGAGUUGGAACAGUAUUUCUGCAA